CAAAGUUUGAACUCAAUCAAAAUACCACCAAAAGAGUGAAAAAGAUGAGUCCAUUACUUUCUUUCUUGCUUCACGUAUCUUGUCUAGCUCUUUUGAGUAUUGUUAAUGGUGAAGGAAGAGCUCCCCACGGCAUUGCUUACGAGAAUCCCGUGGCCUUCUCGCCCUCGGCCUAUGAAUUCUUCCAUCCCAAAGCCCAAGGGCCAGACACCAAACACCCUUGUGCAGCUUCCAGUUGCUCCCCAUUGCCUAUUGCAGCUCAAAUGGACGAUGGUACUACAGCACUUGAAAGCAAGGUAUCAACACAAAAAGAAUCCGGGCAUCAACUUGGAGCCGGUGGAAUCUUAGGCCUUGUUUUCGGUUUGGCAUUUGCGGUGCUUUUGGCAAUGGGUGUUUAUUACGUGCUAAACAUUCGUCGUGCCAAUGCUAAUAAAGCAAAUUACGUUCAAUCCAAUGCUUAAAUCGUGUUAUCUUUGAUAUUCUCCGGUGUAUAAUAUAGGUUUAAGGCUAGAGCAGUUCAGAAUUAGGACUUUCUUCUCUAUGUUUUUAAUCAUCUUGUUUUGCUCUUUUCUUUGGUGUUUAGUGUUAUCUUAUUCUGUGAUUCAAUUUGUUUCAUAAUUGCAUGAUAGAA